AUUGUACUCCUGGUACCUAUACCUACUAAAAACAAAAAGAAACUUUAAAAUAGAUUUAUUUUGUUGAGAUUUUCAAGUUUAAUUUUAAUUUUAUUGAACUUUGGAAAACUGAAAUAUUGAACUUAUUUUUAGUACGACAGAGGAUAGUAAAUAAUAAAUAUAUUUACUUUUUAUUUUUGUUUACCCUAAUAAUGGAGUUAUUGUUAAUGCACUAUGACAUCGUAGUGUUAUCAGUAUUCCAUUUUUAUUUGACCUCUGGCUCUAGUACAAUUUAAUAAACAUUGAUAACGUCUUAAACGUAUGAUAGUAAAGCAAGUUCAAUCUCUUUAAAUAUUGUUAGCAGUCAUCAUGUGUUCAAUACUUUUGUUUGCUUCCAAACUCACUAGAGGCAGAGUUAGGUUACCAGUUUUUUGUAAUUACCGACAGUAUAGUGAUGAGAAAAGCCCGAUUAAAACUCCGUUAUAUGAGUUACAUAAGAAGUACGGUGGAAAAUUAGUGAAUUUUGCUGGUUUCCUACUUCCUGUGCAAUACGUUGAUACAAGUGUUUCUGCUUCCCAUCUUUUCACCAGACAGAAUGCAUCGAUAUUUGACGUAUCUCACAUGUUACAAACAAAUGUCAGCGGUAAAGAUUGCUUGCCGUGGUUCGAGUCAAUUUGCCCCGUGGAUCUUAAAGGGCUUGCGAACGGAUCGAGUUCACUGACUGUUUUCCUGAACGAUAACGGUGGGAUAAUUGAUGAUUUAAUAGUAACAAAAGUAAAUGAACAACAGCUCUAUAUUGUAUCUAACGCUGGUCGUUUAGAAGUAGACAAGCAGCACAUGCUAGAAACUUCGGAAUUGUUCAAGAAAAGAGGUAAUGACGUGAAUGUCAGCUUCUGGGAUGUGAACGACAGAGCACUUCUAGCACUACAGGGGCCGAAAGCAGCCAAAUUAUUGCAAACAUUGACUGAUUUUUCUUUAGAUGAUCUAGUAUUUAUGACAUCACGUGAGGGUCGUGUCGCCAAUGUUGGUUGCAGAGUGACGCGCUGCGGAUAUACAGGCGAAGAUGGUGUAGAACUCUCUAUUCCGGCAGAUAAAGCAAUCGCUGUUGCAGAAGCAUUGAUGGAAUCGAGUGAUGUGAAAUUAGCAGGACUCGGGGCUAGAGAUUCAUUGCGUUUAGAGGCAGGCCUUUGUCUUUACGGUAACGAUAUAGACGAAACGGUAACUCCUGUUGAAGCUAAUUUGACCUGGCUAAUAGCGAAACGUAGGCGACAGGAAUCCAACUUUCCCGGAGCUAACAUUAUAAUGAAACAGAUUAAAGAAGGAGUAUUAAAACGAAGAGUUGGUAUUAGAUUAGAGUCUGGACCUCCUGCUAGAAAAGAUGCAAUUUUAAAGGACCCAAUCAAUAAUAAAGAAAUAGGUAAAGUGACAAGUGGAUGCCCAACGCCCUCACUUGGCGGUAGCAUAGCAAUGGGAUAUGUUUCCGAAGCAUUCAAAAAAGUAGGUACUAAUCUUUUGGUGAACAUUCGUGGUAAAGACGUUCCGUGUUCUGUGGCUAAAAUGCCUUUUGUGCCGUCUAAAUACUACAUUAAAAAAUAAAACAAUAAAAUUGCAAUUCAACAUUUAUUGUAUGCCUUCACGAAGGUAACAGGUAAAAUAACUUUACUAAAUCUAGAUAAACUUAAUGAUGGAAUUGUUGAAAACUAUCUUCUAAACCAAUGGAAUAAAAAAAAACCCUAUUAAAUAAUUUUAACAAUUCGUAUUACCACGCAUUGGUUACUAAAAUGUACACAUUACUAAACAUUGGAAAAUAAAUAUGUUUGAAAAUAAUUAUGAAACUGAAUUUAAA